UAUAAGAGAGAAUGUGAGCAUCCAUUAUUGGCCUGUGAGGUGUGUGUGUGGAUCCAUGUUAUCAUACAUUAUGACUCGUCAGGUGGUGGUGUUGCUAGUGGUGCUGCUGCUGGAGGGAUGGGCUGCUGCCACCUUCUACCAGGACUGUGGUUCUGACGCCGAGGUCUUGGAGGUCUCUAUCACUGACUGUGACAUACCACCUUGUAUAGUGCCACGACCCAGCUCUCAACAUGUUAAUAUUACCUUCAUACCAGCUCACGAGGGUACUAUCCUGGAUACCGUCAUCAACGCAAACAUAGGAGGUGUGGACUUUCCCUGGCCAGGUCCUAGUGGCUGCCCUCUCCUGGUACAAGGCUCGUGUCCCAUCCAGCCUGGACAAACCUACAAGUACAGCUCUUUAAUGCCCGUCUAUGCUGAGUACCCCGCAGUGUCCGUGGUUGUCACGUACAAAAUCACGGACGAAAAUGAGGUCAAUCACGCCUGCAUUAUGUUCCCCAUCAUCCUGGUGUAGUUCCCAUCACCGGAAAGCUGAUUUCGUUAGGCUGUCAGCCUACUUCACAACUGGAAAUACGUUCUGAAAUGAGAAGAAGUGAGUCUGAGCUUAAGAAAGUUAUUCUCUGAGGGAGUGUAUCUGAAUGCUGGCCUGAGUGUGUGUGUUGGUGAAUAUGUCAGUGUUGGUGAAGCGUCUGUGUGUUGGAUGCUCACUCUUCUUACCCAAGAAGCUGCGGUCAUUUUUAUUAGAUGGUAGAGAGAAGUUUUGUGCCCACCAAACAUACCGUAUAUUACAGGCAACGUAUCGCUUUGGGUUAGAGCUUUAUCAAGACAUGUUUCGCUCCGUGUAGAGCUUUAAGAAGCCACGUUUCACUGUGUAGAGCCUUAAAUUGUUUCGUUCUGUGUUAACCAAGUCAUGUUUGGCUCUGUAGAGUUUUAUCAUGUUUGGCUCUGUGUAGAGUUUUAUCAUGUUUCCUUCAGGAUAAACUUUUAUCAUAUCAUUACUCGAUAAACCUGUACACAAAGAGAUAAACGUUGUCUGUAGCGAAACAUUGGGCUUCAUCGAAUAAGUUUCCACCAUACCCUCCGGCUACACCUGCCAUCCUACGUCAACAGUCGAGUAAAACAAAUAGAUAAUGGAUCUCACGUCUGAGAGAUUAUUAUUCCACUGUAGAAUGACCUUACCUUACAAACCAAGAGAUAGAUAGAUAGAUAGAGAGAGAGAGAGAGAGAGAGAGAGAGAGAGAGAGAGAGAGAGAGAGAGAGAGAGAGAGAGAGAGAGAGAGAGAGAGAGAGAGAGAGAAUGAACUGAUGUAGGUAACAGCUCUUAGCUUGUAAAUAAAGUUAGGAACCUUAAACUAACCUAGUAAAACCCUGUGUAAAAGAGAAAGAGAGAGAGAGAAUAAAUUUAUUUUGAUACAUUCCUAUACAACUCCAUAAUGAAUAAAUCUGUUAUCUUCA